AGCCCGACCGCCAUCAUGGAAAGUCGUAUUGCUAGAUUUCUGCUUCACGCGCCGAUCUUCGUUUAUUACGUGAUCGUCAUUUGCUACGACGUGUUCGUAAUAACACCCAACAUCGAUGCCGUGGUGGGACACGCGCAUUCAUACGGCGGUAAGCUUAAAUACCUAACCUUUUGGGACAUGUGCGUUCAGUGCAUCUUCUUUGCUAUCUGCACCGCCUCGGCGGUGUUCGAACGCAGCGACCGCGGCCCGCUGAAACGCGCAUCCGACUUCCUGUUCGGCGCAAUAGCGCUUCCGGUCAGCAUGUUCGUCUUCGUGUCUUUCUGGGGGCUCUACGCGAUCGACCGCGAGCUCAUCUACCCUCGCGCGCUUGACGACUUCAUUCCGACCUGGGUCAACCACGCGUGGCACACCGCCAUCGUCGCCUUCCUCGUCGUCGACAGCGCCAUCAUACGGCGGCAGCUGCCCGCCAGGGGGCGCGGCGGCGCGGCGCUGGCGGCGUUCGGCGCGGUCUACAUCUCGUGGCUGUUCUGGGUGAAGUUCGCCGGCGGCGUGUGGGUUUACCCGGUGUUCGCCAUGCUGUCUCCGCUCGAGAUCGCCGUCUUCGUCGGCGUCAACGCGCUCGUGAUGGGCGCCCUCUACCUGCUAGGAAACACGCUGCACGCCGCCGCGUGGUCGCGCAAGCAGAAGCCGACGUGA